AUAUAAUCAUAAAUCAUUAAUGAAGUAUAAAAAGUUUGGAUUCAUCUUAAUCAUAUAUUCAUCGUAAUUUCUUACAUUUUUCAUAAUAUUCUUUUAAUAUUUAAAAAAAAGUAAAUUCAAAAUAGAAUACGAAAACAAUCUAAAAACAAAACUAAGAUGAAGACACUUUGCAAGUAACAUAGAUGACAUCUCUUUGGCGUUCUACUUCUACCCCUUAGCGGCAUCAUUCUUUGGGACUACACGGCCGUUUCCGGUGGUAACCGGCAACUCUGUCUCUCCGGCGACCAUGGCUUCCUCGCGAAACUUCUUAUAAAUAUCACCCGUGUAGAACUUUCUAGUCCUAACCGCCAAGACGGCGGACACGGCGGCGCCAAAGAUCGUGACGGCGGCGAUGAUAAUGAAACCCAAUUUAAAACACUCAACCCCCACACAAUCCAAUUCCACCCCUGCCUUCCUUUUCGUCCCAAAAGCUCUGUUUUGUCUCUCCGCCUCUUUGUCAUACAGAUGCCCCACCACCCUAACAUUCAGCAAGUACGACCCGAUCGGGCUCGCCACCGACCCGAAGUUGUACAGAGUGGAAUAAUACUUCAACCCGAAAAGCUCGGAGAUUAUGGCGAAAAGGAGCGGCCAUUGAGCUCCGAAGCAGAAUCCGAUGAUCACCGAUGCGACGUAGAGACCACCUCGGACGUCGAAGGCGAUCAGAACGUGGCCGGCACAUGAUAUUACGAGGAUGAUCGUGAGCAUCAGCGGUCUUGGGAAUCUGUACUUGGUCAGAAUAUGCUCCGACACAUAGCCGGAGAAAACCCUGCCGGCGUAGUUCCAGAUGCUCACCAGAGAAACGAAUGUGCUGAUGCUCUUCUUCGGGUACCCGAGGGAUGCCCCGAUCUGUCCCAGGUUGUCGAUCGCCGUCAACGUCCCUCCGACGCCGCAUAUAGUGGCCACCAGGAUGAUCAGCAUGUCGAUGCUGAAAAGGGCUUGGAGUAUAGUGAAGUCUUCCCCUGUUUCCGGCGGCCGGAACGCCGUCCUCCAGCAAGACGCCUCCUUUUCUUCCGAUACACUGACUACAGUCAUGCCGCCGGGCGGUGGCGGUUGUGGGUGUUGACGCGGGGGCCAUUGCGGGUGUGGGUCUUCCUCCGCCGCGACUGCCGCCACUUUCUUGGCCUUCCAAAUUCCGAUUUCCUCCUUGAUGACAAUUCCGAGGGGCAAAAAAAGCAAGAUAACAACCGCGGUGGCACUAAGGCUAUAUUCAAUUCUAGUGAAAUCGAAAUUCUUUUGGAGUAUGAUAAUGAUCAUCAGAAAUCCGGCUAAUCCCAGAGAUACGUAGAGAAAUUUAUAGAACACUUUGAUCUCAUGAGCGAUCCUAAUAACCUUCAUAAUUCGCACCGUCCGGAGGAAAAAGGCGGAAACCACCGCCGGAAGCCACCCGAUCAACAAAAGCAGAGACUUGGAAUCGUUACCGUAGAUUGUGUGGUAGAUUUGAGUAAAAAUGGCGCCACUUAAGCCGACGAAGCCUUUCAGGAGCCCAAGAACGGCACCGCGGCUCUCCGGGAAGUUCUUGACACAAGUGACCAGAGCUCCGGUGUUGGCGAAGGACUGAGAAUUUGCUCCCACGCAAAUGUACAGACACAUCUGCCAUACUUUGGGUUUGGGGAUUUUUUUCGUGACGGCCAGCCACAUCAUGAAGUAGCCGAAGAAGUUGAGGACGGCACCGAUGAGGAGGACCACCCACGGCGGCAUCACCUCGUUGAUUAGGCCGGAGAGGAUGCCGACGUUGGCGCCUAAGUCCUUGAAGAAGCUGAGUAAGUUGAGGGUGGUUUGGUCGUAGGCCAGGGCGGUUUUUAUGUCGCCGGAGUAGAGGCCGAACAUGUAGGUGGCGCCGGCGACGGACAGGAUGAGAAUGGAGGCGAAGAGCAUGAACCACCGGCCCUUGAGGGUUUGCGUGGUUAGGCUGCCCAUGUUUGAGCAGCUGCUUCCUCCGGCUGACUCCAUUUUCUCCUAAUUAGCAACAGAAAGAACAGAGAUUUGAUGAAUGAAUGCUGAUAAGCUGCAGUAGAGUUGUUUGUGCUUGUAAGACAGUCUCACGAGUUCUUCAUGCCCCUGUAAGGUCGCUUAUACGGAGUAUGAUAAAUAGACCAACACACGAAUGCAAGGAUUUGACUUCUCACAAUAUAUCCCAAAGAAAAAAGGGUGUUUCUCUAAUCCCCUAGUGUUUAAU